UGGCCAUUGCUGUGCUCUCCACAGACAUCAUAAGACGCCUCGAUCGAACACAAGCUUUCCAAAUAUUCUCCUUGGCCGGCAUCUAAACAACAAACCAGCGGCACCCAAUGAAGCAAAAGAUUGUGAUCAAGGUGAGCAUGUCGUGCGACAAGAGCCGGUCGAAAGCCAUGACGAUGGUCGCCAGAGCGAACGGGGUGAGCUCGGUGGGGAUAACCGGCGACAGCAAGGACAUGCUGGAGGUGGUCGGCAACGGCGUCGACCCGGUGUGCCUCGUCGGCUGCCUCCGCAAGAAGUACCACGACGUUCACCUCGUCAAGGUGGAGGAAGUGAAGGACGACAAGAAGAAGGAUGAGAAGAAGGAGGACCCGCCGCCGUACUGGUGGUGCCACGGCUACCCAUAUGGGCCAUACCCGCCGCCCAUGGUCGUGUGCGACGAGCCCACCACCCCCUGCGCCAUCAUGUAAUUGCCAAAUAGCCAGAUGCCGAGUUCGCCAUAUGGAGAGGCCGCAAGUUUAUCCACCGUUUCGGACUAUUGGUAAAUUGGAAGAAAUAAAGAGACGUACUGUAUGUAUAUAUAUACGUCGUUCUUGGUCUCCAGUUAGAUAGAGUAAUAUAUCGAGAGAAAGCAA